AGCCCCAAGCGCGCUGGGACAAGGGGCCAAGUCCCUGACGUCAGUGACCACUGCUCAAGUCGCAAACUAGCAAAUGUUCACAACUCUGGUACCAGGAUAUGGAUCACGCUGAACCAGGUGGAAACGGGCCAAGAUGCCUACCCUGCGAGCCGCUACGGUCUCCAACCAACUGAUCAAACGAAAGCGCAAAAGAAGGACCCAGGACCAAGCAAGUCCUGAGAAUGAAAGCCACGACGAUCCUCAAGCGGCGAACUUGGUACAAAGUGAUGGACAGCAAGGACUAGACGAUGAAACUUCGCAGCAGGAAGGAGCAUCACAGAUCAAUAAGAAUGCGGAUGUGUCGCUCGCCGACCGCGGCAUUUCCCAGCACAAAAGGACGAGAGGUUCCAUUGCGAAAAGCUCCACCCCGGUAUGCCUGAUAGAAUGGCCGCCAUACUUCAAGGAGCUCGCCAAGACCCAUGGGGCGCUGAACUUGGUGUCAACAUUCUGCUCGACACGCAAACACAUUGCCACGACGUUUGACACGAUCAAGGCAGCCGUUGAGACGCAAACCAAGCGGAAGCUGACGAUCGAGGAUGUCGCUGCCAUUAAAGCUCUGCGGUCGGACGGCAUUACGUUCGCAUACGUGGACGAGGUCAUGCUGCAGAUGGAGGUCAAGGGCGCUGAGAGGGACAGCACGUUCAAGUCUGGCCGUGCGAAGGAUUUUCGGUCGCAAGGUCCGGCGGCGGAUGCGUCUGUUGGUGGCCUGACUGGGCUCGACGAGAUUGGGCGGUACCAUCCAGACGAGGUGCCCUUUGAAGGAGGCAGACAGGUGCUGUUUUUUGAGUUUGUCGACGGCGAUCUGAAGAGGCAGGUGCAGAAUAAGAAGACAGGCGAGGCGACAAAUCCACACCGCAAGCUCCGCAACGAGGACGUGAAGAUGCCCGUCUUCAGCCAGAAGCAGCUGACCACGCUAAUCGGCAAGCGCAACCAGAAGUUCAACGACGCCAUCGUGGAGUUUUUGAACAAAUGCGUCGAGGACCACGUGGACCCGGAGAUGGUGCUCAAGCAGGAGGCGCUCACCUAUGUGCCCGUGCCGCCAGAUUCUGAGCCGACAACGCCGAGACCUGUGCAAAGCACUAUCCCCAAGACGAUACCCACGGAGCGCAAGGAUAUCCCAGAGAUUGUCCAAGAGCUAAAAGACAGCCCCUGGUACACAGGGCAGAUCGUGCCCGACGGGCAUCGCGUCUUCGAGGCACAAGAGCCGGUAUACGGCGAGCUCGAUUUUCUCCUGAGCCAGGACAUGGUGAAUGCGCUAUUCAAUGCAAAGAACAUCACGCAGUUCUACGCACACCAGACUGAGGCUAUCAACAGCUUACAUGCCGGCCGGAACGUGGUUGUCGCUACAUCGACGAGCUCGGGAAAGUCGCUCAUCUAUCAGCUCCCUGUGCUACAUGCCCUGGAGCAAGAUCACAACACCCGAGCCAUGUAUAUCUUCCCAACAAAGGCUUUGGCGCAGGAUCAGAAGAGAAGCUUGAGAGAGAUGCUAUCUUAUAUGCCAGGUCUGGAAAACAUGCUGGUUGAGACUUUCGAUGGCGAUACUCCAUUUUCCGAGAGAAACAUGAUUCGAGAAGAGGCACGAAUUAUCUUCACGAAUCCGGACAUGCUACAUAUCACGAUCCUGCCACAGGAAGAUCGAUGGCGCUCUUUUCUGAAGAACUUGCGCUAUGUCGUCGUGGACGAACUGCACUAUUACAAUGGCCUUAUGGGAUCGCACGUCGCCUUUAUCAUGCGUCGACUACGCCGAAUUUGUGCGGCAUUGGGCAACCGCAAAGUCAGGUUUAUUUCCUGCUCUGCGACUGUCGCCAACCCGGAGCAACACUUCAAGACCAUCUUUGGCCUGGACAAUGUUCAUCUCAUAGACUUCGAUGGAUCGCCGUCUGGGCGCAAGGAGUUCCUGUGCUGGAACACGCCGUUCAAAGACGCUAAAGAUCCCUCAAGCGGCCGAGGGAAUGCCCUGGCCGAGUGCGCACGGCUAUUCUGCGCACUGAUCCUUCGUGGCGUCCGUGUCAUUGUCUUCUGCCGUGUCAGAAAGCAAUGCGAGGAGCUUGUCACCGCAGCCAAGUUCGAGCUGGAGACUCUAGGGCGCCCGGAAUGCAUGGCUCGCAUCAUGGGCUAUAGAGGUGGUUACACUGCGCAAGACCGGCGACGGAUCGAAAGCGAGAUGUUUGAAGGCAAGCUCAUCGGGAUCAUCGCCACGACGGCGCUGGAGCUGGGAGUCGAUAUUGGCACGCUAGACUGUGUGCUUACGUUGGGAUUUCCAUACACAAUUGCGAACCUGCGGCAACAGAGUGGUAGAGCGGGACGAAGAAAUCGCGACUCGCUUUCUAUUCUUGUCGGCGACUGCUUCCCAACUGAUCAGCACUACAUGCAGAACCCGGACGAACUCUUCACAAAACCGAACUGUGAGCUUCAAGUAGAUCUGGAGAACAUGCUGGUCCUCGAGGGUCACAUCCAAUGUGCCGCGUUCGAGAUGCCGAUCAAUCCCGUCGAGGAUGCGAAGUACUUUAGCAAAGAUCUGGGCAAGAUUGCCGAAGAGAGACUGAUCAAAGACGACUUGGGGUUCUACCACUGCCACGACCGGUUCCGGCCGAAACCAUCGGAUAUGGUUGCCAUCAGGGACACGGAGGACGACCACUUUGCGAUUGUCGACAUAUCUCACGGCAGAAAUGUUGUCCUCGAAGAGCUGGAGGCUUCAAGGGCGUUCUUCACACUUUACGACGGGGCCAUAUUUCUACACCAGGGAAACUCCUAUCUGGUACGAGACUUCAAGCCCGACCAGCAGAUUGCCAAAGUUGAGAAGGUCAAGGUCGAGUGGACAACACAGCAGCGCGACUUCACCGACAUUGACCCCGUAGAGACAGAAGCCAUCCGCAAGAUCCCUGGGUCCAUGUCCCGAGCAUUCCACGGCGCGAUUCGCGUCACGCAGAAUGUCUUUGGUUACUUCAAAGUGGACAAGCGCCGACGGAUCCUGGACGCGGUCGAGGUGGAUAAUCCGCCCAUCAUCCGCAACAGUAAAGGAAUGUGGCUCGACGUGCCGAAGAGGGCUCUGGACAUUCUGGUCGAGAGGCGGCUCAACGUCGCCGGCGCCAUCCACGCAGCCGAGCAUGCAAUCCUUAGCCUCAUGCCCAACUACGUGAUCAGCAUGCCAGGAGACGUGCGGACAGAGUGCAAGCUGGGCAUGAAGGAGUUCGCACAGAAAGAGACCACCCGCAAGCGGCCUGCGAGGUUGACAUUCUACGACGCCAAAGGCGGUGCCGGCGGGUCGGGGAUCAGCACAAAGGCCUUUGAGUUUAUCGACCUAUUGCUCGUGCAGGCCGUCAAGCGCGUCGAGUGCUGCUACUGCGAGUCCGGGUGCCCGGAGUGCGUGUGCUCCGACCUGUGCAAGCAUGCCAACGAGGUCAUGAGCAAGGCGGGCAGCAUGGUCAUCCUCAAGACGUUGCUCAACAUGCACAUUGAUGUCGAGGCUCUGCCGAUGGGCCCGGAGGAAAACAGCCCAGCUGGCAUUGAGACUGUCGUGCUUGCCAAGACGGUGCCCUCCAAAGGCAGGAUUUUGAUUGAUGAUGUUGAGGUCAAGGUGGAGGACACGGAAGAAGGCGUUCCUGACACUGCAGGCGGCUUCCUGGCAAUGAGAUGAUGAAUAUAAUGCAUGAUGAUGUAGGAUAUGAUUAGCGUCACGCAUGCACAGGGAGA